AUGCACCGUCGAUCACGAUCAGGGUGCUUCACAUGUCGUCUGCGACGGAAGAAGUGUGAGGAGGGCAAGCCGUCAUGUAAAGCCUGCACUCACCUGGGACUUCGUUGCGACUACAAGCGGCCCAUGUGGUGGAGCAAUUCCGAGCAGCGGAAACAACAAAAAGAAAUCAUCAAGAACAUCAUCAAGCGAACACAAUUAGCAAAGAAGUCCGCUCCUCCACAACCUCUACCUCUUCCUUCGAGCACACCUCCAGGCCUCACUCACUCGGUACCCACCUCGGCAGAGGUUCCCUUUGCAAAGUCAUUCCCUCCAAACAGGCGUCCCUCACACGACUCGCCUUACUCAGAAUGCGACUUCAAAUAUACUCCUGAGCUAGGACAAUUUGCCAUGCCUCCUCCACCUCAAGCUUACCUUCCCUCACAUGGCCAGUACCCCACGAUAUCACCAUACGAAGUUGACAUCAAGACCGAACGUCAAAUUUACGUCAAUGACAUCCCGACCCGGAAAGACUCGACCAUCUCCACAUUCAGCACAUAUCACUCGCCGCCGCUAGCAAACGGCGUGCAGUCGUUCUCUGGCGACAGCUGGGUUCAACAAGAACACUUCGAGAGCAUGACAGAACAGUUCACCGAGGAGCCUGUCGACUUCAAUUUCUUCGAGUACCCUCACGAGCCUCAAGGACCAGACCACGAGACCAUCAUCAAUGUCGACGACAACGACAAGUACCUGCUAAGUCAUUUCAUCGACAAGAACAUGAAGUUGAUCUUCCCGAUCCUGGACGUCAAUCAGCAUGGCUCUGCACGAUCCGACGUGAUUCUUCCUGCGUUGGAAUCAAAUCAGGCAUAUCUACAUUGCUGCCUCAGCGUCGCUGCCGAGCACAUGAAGGCGACUGAGCAUGUUGACGGCGAACAGAUCAACGCCGACAUCCUCCGUCAUCGCUAUGGCGCCAUCCAGGAGUUGUGUGCGGCUUUGCAAGCCGACGCAAAUCAUACAUCGACCCUCGAAGCGACCCUGGCCAUGAUCUUCUUCCAGACCACUGUCGGUCGACCCAGCGACGCCGUCGCCGAUAUUCCCUGGUACUCGCACUUUGCCGCCGCUGUGAACCUCGUGAACAAGCUCGAAUUGCCUUCGGCGGCAAUCAGCGCCGCCCGACUGGAUCAGCGACCUCCCUUCAACAUGACGUUGUCCGCUUGGAUCGACAUCCUCGGUGCGACCAUCGUGGGCGAGAACCCUAACUUCGCCGACACAUAUCGCGAACUCAAUCUUGCCGACAAGUCGGUCGGGCUCGCGGAGCUUAUGGGUUGCGAAGACAAAAUCAUGUUCCUGAUUUCGGAAAUCGCCUGCUUGGAUGUGCAGAAGGCAGACGGCCUCCACGACAUGUCUCUGUGCAAGUACGUCGAGUAUCUCGCGCAAGAAAUCCGCGCAACAGAAGCCGCUUCCGAUCCCGUCGCCAACUGCUUCAACACAACCGGCGCAAUCCGUCCGCGACAGCUGACCACCAACCUGACCGCCGUCUUCCGUGUCGCCGCUCGCAUCUAUCUGUGCACUCUUGUACCGGGCUACUUCCCUGCGCAAGCCAGCAUGUGCCACCUGGUACAACAAUUCACCGAGCUCAUGGACUUCAUCCCCGCCGGCCCCGAAGGUUUCGAUCGGAGUCUGGCCUGGCCAUUGUUGAUGGCGGGAGCCAACAGCGUCGCGGGUUCAACGUUCCGCGUCAUGCUCGCGGAACGCUGCGGGUUGCUGGGCGACGCCGCAAAUUUCGGCUCACUGGGCCGCGUGCGCGAGCUCCUCGCCGAUGUCUGGGCCAUGAACGAUGGACUUCAACCCAACUUCCCGGCUGUGCGCUGGCGCGAUGUCAUGAAGCAGAAGAACUGGGAAUACCUGCUGAUCUAA